CCGAUGAAAAAGGACGAAGAGAAGAGGAAUAAAGAGGUGGAAAGAAGAAAACGUAGCAUAAAGUAGGAUCGAGCUUGUUCGUGAGCACUCGUGAGGUUCCGGCAAAGCGAGGCGGGGUUUAGGCGGGGUCGAUACUGACAACCGUGUCUUCUCUUCGUUUCCGUACAGUGUCGUACAAUCGCACUGUACCCGAAAACUAUCUCUACUCGCGUAACUGUUACUUGUUUUCUAUUGAUAAGAAAUAAUUGCCGAAGCAUACACGACCAAAAGAAGAUAUGGAUGUAAACGAGAGGGAAAAGCCGCUUGUGAAGGACUUAAACGAACAUAUCAUAUGUCCCCUGUGUAGAGGCUACUUCGUAGAUGCAACGACCCUCGUUGAGUGCCUACAUUCUUUUUGCAGAGGCUGCAUAGUGAGACGACUGAGUAACGGAGUUAGAGCCUGCCCUGUCUGCAAUGUACCCACCUUACCCCCACUCUUCUCCGAUAUAAGGCUGCAACGAUUAGUCUACCUCAUUGUUCCUGGUCUAUUUCGAUCGGAAUCAGAAAAGAGACGACACUUUCGCAUCGUCAAUCCCCAAUGCACACCACUACUACCACCACUAGGCUCACCUGAAUUGACGUACGACGAUCCAGUGAGUUUGAGUAUUUCUGAAAUUGGCAAAGUCACAUCGAUAGACGACAGUAUUAAAUUGAAGCGGGGAAAGGAGAAGAGCAAUAGCAAUAGCAAUAGCAGUAAUAAUACGAGACUCUUCAAAAAUAAGACGUUUUACGAAAUAACCGGCAAGACACGCUAUUUGAAAUGCCCAGCUGGCGUGACGGUGAGACAUCUCCAGCGACUACUAAUGCUCAAGAGGGGAUGGGACGAUGUCGAUGGAACUUCUCCAACCUGCCAUCGAAUAGAGAUUAUGUACGAGGUGGAUGAAAGCGAAACGGAAAGCCGGUUGCAAAUACUUGAAACAUCAUGGACCCUCUUGGAUCUUGCUUGCAUUUUUGAAUGGAAAAAUGAAUCACCCAUGAAACUGUACUAUUGUUUCGUAUCAAAAGAAGAGUCGGAUCAGGUCCAGAUAGCGACUUCUUGUGGGGAAGAAGCCAGUAAUAAGGAGUCGACUGAGGUGAUAGAGAAUAUACAGAGGCCGCCUACUCCACCGCCUAGUCCAAAGCCAAUCUCGCAUACCGACGCGUCCCUCCCACUAGAGAAAGGUCGAUCACAUACUUCAACGAACGUCGAGUGUGUAAAGGAGCCGGAGGUAAAAAAGCCACGCUGUGAAGUUACACCAGUGAUGAGGGCGCCCGAUCCGCCGGGAAACAACAUCAACAACAACAACAACAACCAUCUUCCAACCGACAAUGCCCCCAAACCGGACAAGGUCGCUAAGCUCGAGCAUCACAAACGAAGAAAACGAAGAAACAAACGUGUAAUAGCCGAGAUCACAACAACUCCAAGGGAGGAUUUACUCAAACUCAAAGUCAGACUAACACCAUGUCCACCAAGAAUCACUUCGAGCACAAAUAAUCAAACCAAAGAGAAACUUCUUCAAAUGAGGGCUGUCAGAAGAGAGAAAAUUAAGACUACAUCCAACAAACAGCGUAACAAUUCAACUCGCGACGAUAACACUAUCCCCGAGAAUACAACAACAACAACAACAACCAAGGAUACUCAAAAAACUGAAGAAUCAAUCGAAGAAAUAAUUGACGGCAUACCCGACGAGAUUGUCAAGAUUGCUCAAAAUAUCAAUUCUCAAACAAAAACAACAACAACAACAGUUGCUGCCCACCCAGAAGUUAUAGCAAUCGAAAAGAAUGAAACAAAUAACGAACAAUCAACAAUCGAUGAAGAUAAACCAAAAGAUGAGGAAGUACUUCGACGACUCGGCCUCGUGGCAAUCAACGAGACGAACAAGACGCAUCGGGAUAAGAUGAAGAUUUCGCAGAACAACGAGAAGGAAGAGUCUCUUAAUCGAGAGAAACUUGAACAACAAUUGAGAGAGAGUAAAGCGAACCGAGUGCGGAGUCUUUUAGCUGAAAAACAAAUGCGCGAUGCCCUCAAGAGUAUGAUGUCGAAUUCAAAAGAUAAAACAGGAGGAAACACAAAUAAUACAGUGGGGAAUAAUAUCAAACGAAAGGGUCCCCCACCACUUGCGCCAUUACGCUCGACAAAGAGAACCAAUAAUAAUAUCGCCUAUUCAUCAUCAAAUUCAUUUACGCAAAAGUGUGAAAUCCCUCUAGACUUAAGUAGCAGUAGUGGUAGUGGUGGUAGUGGCAGUAGUGCUGCCAAUAAUAGUAUCAAAAUUGGCAAUAAUAUUUUAGAUUUAUCUCCAAAUCCAGGCGGUAGUAGUAAGGGAAAAAAUAAUAAAAUAAAUAGCAAUGAAUCGAGGAUCAGUGCAAUAGGGAUUUCGGCAAAAUCAAAGGAUGAACAUCAUCAUCAACAACAACAACGGAAGUCGCAGGAUUUGAAUUUGCGAACAUUGUCCGAUGCCGCAGUUUCCUUGCUGAGCGAUUGUGGUGGUGGUGGUGGUGCUACUACUGCUUCGACAAAGUCAACAACCUCGGAAACCAUCAUUACUGGCAGUAUGAACGUUGGCAGUAAAGUUGCCUUAAGGAUACCUCAACCACAUCAGAGGAUCAGCGGAUUCGGUAUGAAAAUCAGACCAAACUUAGGCAUAAGGCAUAUACCAAAUCCACAAGCUGUGGUCGCGUCCCAAUAUAGAAAUCAAAGAGCAGGAUUUUUUAAUGUCUCCAAUCGUCCUUCUUAAGAUUCUUUCUAGAAAUUAUGUUUCUUUUUCUUUUUUUAAGAAAACAUUUAGAAAAAAAGUUUCUUAUAUACAUUUCCCAAAAAUGUUUACCAAUUUUCAUAAUUUUAUGAUAAUCAUCUGUCGAUGCAUAUUCUGAUUGAAGUAUCAUAUUUAUUGCAAAAUACUAAAUUUAUUUUCUCGUACAGUGAAGAAUUUAGCAAAUUUUAGUUAUACACAGCAUCAUCAUUUUUCUGCAGAUAUCAAAUUGAGACAAAAUAAGCGAAUGAAAAGUGUUGCGAAGCAACUUUUUUGAUUCGCUUUUUGUCUCAAUUUGAAAUCCACAGAAAAUCUGUUACACUGUAAAAAAAAGGGAGUUAAAUUUUAACUCCCCAGGGGAUUCAAUAAAAGUCGCAACCAUUUGAAAGUUAAAGCGAAGAGAGUUAAAAUUUACACUGCAGUAAAAAUAAGAAUCAACUCUAGAAGGGAGUUAAUUUAAUAAUUAACUUCCUUUUGGAGCUGAUUUUUAUCUGGAAAAAUUUCAUCCCAACUUUUAGUGACCGUCCUCUCUAAAUUUUUUACAGUGUAUUAUUAGUAUACUGUUCUUUUUAUUCAAGAGCCAUUUUAAAAACUUUUCAAGAUUUUAGAAUAGUGUUGAAUGCAUUAAUUUUAAAAUUCAAAACAUUUAAAAAGAUUUAUUAAAAAGGUUGAGAAGCAAACAAAAAAUAACUUCAAACUGCAAACAGAUUCAAACACAACAAUAUUAAUUUAUUUCUUUAAAAUUGUUUGUGAAAUUUAAUUUAUCAUAUUUUAGAAAAAAUUAUAAACGAACGGAUGACUUUCGGCAAAUGUAGAUUUAGAACUUUCGCAGGUAUAUUUUUGUCAUUCCUAUAAUUACCGCAUGAAAUAUGUUAUCGUUCCUUUUUACACGUGUUAUUCAUAUACACUGCUUUUUUUAUGAAAAGCAAUUUGUUUUAAACUGUGUUCCCUUUGAAUUGAGCAUUAAAAUUUAUUCUAAUUAAAUUCAUUUAUUUUCCGGUAUUUCAGUGAUCACUCGACUCUCGACACCCUCUCGUAUAUCCCUAUCAAUGUUUAUCAUACUCAUCGCGCUCCCUACUUCUACACUCUUUUUUUCUCCUGUAUACAUCUCUCUCUCUCUCUUUUUCUCUCUCAUUCAUUCACCUCGAUUUUCUCCUCAGCCCCUUUUUCAUCUACCUUUAUAUUCAUCCCUUCUAUUUUCAUCCCUCCAUGCCAAUUCAUCGCAAUUUCCUCCAAUUAUUCCUGCCCGUCAACGUUCCACAACACCUACACUACUGUUUUUUUUUCUUUUUCUUUUUUUUCCACUCUUUUCGCAUUCAUAUAACGCUUUUGAUUAUAGUUCAACUCCCGCAUAAUUAUAAAAUUACGAGGAAAAAAAAAUUUAUGUAUAGAUUAUACUUCAAUCACGAGUAUGGCAAAAAUAGAUUACUAUCGAAAUUUUU